CAGGACGCUACUCCUACAUUCACAAGCACAGGCAGAAUCCAGAAACAGAAACUCCCACUGUCUCUUUCCCUCACGCACGCACCGUCGCAAUCACCAGUUCACAUUCUGCGAUCACGGUUCAUUGCACACCCAAAAGAUCCAUCGAUCCAUCGAUCGAUCCAGAGAAGGCGAGAGCGCAAAUGGGCAUAUUAGCGACGAGCAAAGGCAAGAGCAGCGACCAGAGCUCGGGCAUGGGCUUCCUCCUCGUCUUCUUCCCCGAAGACCAGCACCAGCACCGCUCCGCCUCCGCUUCCUCCGACAUUGUCGACAAGCCCAAGCUCUUGUCGUCGUCGUCGUCCUCCUCCUCUCCUUCUCCUUCUCCUCCUUCUCCUUCCCCCUUCAGAAGGACCCACUCCGGUCGCCUCCUGAGCAGAGCUCAGUCCACCAUCUCCAUCUGCGCCCUCCUCGUCUCCCUCACCCUCCUCGUCUUCGCCCUCUCCACCUUCGACCCCCCUUCUUCCCCCUCCUCCGCCUCCGUCCCCGCCUCCGCCGUCUAUUCUUCCCGCCGCUUCUUGCCCGAGCAGCAACCUCAGCCUCUCCUCGCUCCCCGGCCCCGAAACGACCGCGCGCCUCCGUCGUUCUGGUCGUUCCCCGCCUUCUCAUGGCGGACCAGGCCCAAAACUGGCGGUUCCAAGCACCAGUUCGCGCUGCAGGGGAUGGGCACCCUGUACAGGAGGGGCACGCGCGCCAUGAACGACCUCCUCGUCGCUCACCUGGUCGAGAGCCUCUCCGAGGAGGAGCUCCGGUUGUUCCUGCGGACGCUGCAUCGGUCCGGCCUCACGGCCAGAGCCGACGUCGUCCUCAUCUUCCCUUCCCGCGCCGCCGCCUCGAGAUUCGGUCCCGUAAUUCGGGAAGAGGACGAGUCGUUCGCGAAGCUACUUCAUAACUACGCGCAGCGGUUCAACGCGACCGCCGCGACUUCGAGGUCUCCCGGGAGUUUCGACGGGACCCAUUUCGUGAAGCCGUCCAAGGAAGCCGGCGAGCCACUGUGGGGCAAGCGCGCGCGGGUUGGCAAUUCCAGCAGCGACGCCGCCGCCGCCGCCGCCGCCGGCGGAAGCGGCGAGGCGGCGAGUCCGGACAAGCCGGCGCAGCCGAGUUACGGGUCGGUGGUGGGCUUCGAGGCGGGGGAGCUCGACCCGGAGAACUCGCUCUCCGGGUUCAUGGACCACGUCCCGAUGAGCCUGCGGCGGUGGGCAUGCUACUCGAUGCUGCUCGGCCGAGUCCGGCGGAGCUUCAAGCACGCGAUGCUGAUCGACGCCAAGACCUGGGCCGUGCUCCGCGACCCGCUCGGCCGCGUCAGGAGCCGGAGCCCCGAGACGGUGCACCUGCUGACGGCGGCGGCGGCGCCGAGCAAGGCCGAAUCGGGCAAGCGCGGGAGGAGGGGCUCGGACCGGGCCCAGCCGCCGCCGGGUUCGGUGAGCCCGGGGGUGGUGAUGGGCGGCACGCGGGGCGUGCGGCGGCUGGCGGCGGCGAUGCUGAACGAGGUCGUCCGGGCGUCCAUGCAGCAGCAGCACAAGAGGAAGGGCGCGGUGACGGAGGCCGGGGUGCUGGGCCAGCUCGCGAGCAACGAGUUCGUGCUGAGCAACGUGAACCUGGUCGUGUCGCCGGAGGACUCCGGCGGCGGCGGCGGCGGCGGCGGCGGCUCGGUCUCGCCUCUGAUCAAAUACGGUAAUAAUGGCAAUAACAACAGUCAUUUCCGCGACGUAAAGGGUAUGAUCAUGAGGCAAAUAUGUUCGUCCGAGUUGGAUUCUUCUGUUUAUAGCGAUUGUUAGAGACUAAAAUUUGGAAAAAAAAAAAAAAAAAAAAAGGAGAGAGAGAGAGAGAGAGAAGAAGUUUAUAGACAGAGAAAAUAGCGAAUUACAUUACGGUCAGAUAAAGAGAAAUGUCAAUUAUCAGUUCGAAUUUCGUGA